AUGUCGGAGGAAAAGGCCACCACUAUGAGAAGUGGAUCCUCUUCUCCAGUUGGAGCUGCCCAAAGCGGUGAAAAACGUGCUCGUGAAUCUCAUGACAAAAACUCACAGCACGAAGAGUCUUCUCGGCCUCACGAUAGUGAAGCAGACGCCCAGCAAAGCGAUGAUAAUGAUGAGGACGAGUCGAACGAGCGUGAGGAUAAUCUGAUUGAUGAUGAAGAUGCUGAGGACGAUGAAGAUGAUCUGCCAAAAAAGAAGAAGAGAAGAAGAGCAAACCAGUUCCUUGAUAUCGAAGCUGAAGUUGAUGAUGAGGAGGAAGAUGAACUUGAUGAAGAUGAUGAGGAGGCUGAGCUCUUACGUGAACAAUUUAUCUCUGAUGACCAUGUUGAAAAGUCAGAAGGUGAGCCAACCCGCCCUGACGAUGAUCGUCUUCAUAGGCAAUAUGAUCAACGCCGCCAACAAGCUGAAGACCAAGAUGCAGAAGAACUUGCCGAGACUUUAAAGCAACGUUAUAGAAAAUCUCAUACCGCUUACCGUGGAGACACUACUGCAAGUGGAACUGUUUCGCAAAAGUUAUUGAUGCCAUCCAUCAACGACCCUGCCAUUUUCGCAAUCCGUUGUUCCCCAGGGCGUGAAAAGGAUCUCGUGAGAAAACUUUACGAGAAGAAGCGGACAUUGGCACGUUCGGGCCGGCCUCUCGAUAUCCUCACAGUUUUUCAAAGAGACGCUUUCAAGGGUUACAUUUACAUCGAAGCGAAAAAACCGGAAGCAAUUGAACGUGCAUUGACUGGUAUGGUUAACAUAUAUGCGAAGCAAAGGAUCAUAGUUCCAGUCAGCGAGUAUCCUGAUUUGCUCAAACAAGUGAAAUCUUCCGAUGUCGAGAUUGUUCCGGGAAUUUACGUUCGUAUUUCGAGAGGAAAGUACAAAGGAGACCUAGCAAUUGUUGAUAACUUAUCGGAGAAUGGACUUGAGGUUCGUUGUAAGUUGGUGCCUCGGCUCGAUUACGGCAAGAAUGACGAAUUCGAUUCCAAUGGAAGAAGGGUGAAACUGAAAAGCAGGCCAAUGCAACGCCUUUUCAAUGAGCAAGAAGCCCGUAUGUACGAUGCUGAGCAUUUACAGCCGGGCAGAGGGGUAAGAAGUUUCAUCUACCGCGGCGAAGAAUACGUCGAGGGCUUCUUAAUGAAAGAUUUCAAGUUACAGUUCAUUCAAACAAAGGAUGUGCAGCCCAAGUUGGAGGAUUUGGAUAGAUUUCAAACAGGUAACACGGAUGAGGAUGGACUUGAUCUUGCAGCUGUCGCAGCUUCCCUAAAAGGAAAAUCUCUGGAUGGAGAUUCCUCCAAUGCUUUCCAACCGGGUGACAAGGUCGAGGUCAGAAGAGGCGAGCAAGCCAAAACAGUGGGUAAGGUUCUUAACGUUUCCCUCAAUGAAGUCCAAAUUAUAGUGCUUGAUAGCGGUGAUCGCCAAUUUGUAAAUCAAGAAUUGACUGUUCCCGCCACAGACCUCAGGAAGGUUUUUGCAUCAGGUGACCAUGUAAAAGUCAUUGAUGGUGUCCAUACCGAUGAGACUGGUCUUGUCAUCAAAAUUGAUGGAGAUUCAGUGGUGUUUUUGAGUGACCAGACUAAGCAAGAUGUUCGAGUAUUCGCUAAUUACUUGAUAAAGGCCACAGACUCCUCAUCAACAACCGAUUCCGUCAACAGCAAAUAUGAUAUCAAGGAUUUGGUUCAACUUAAUGCUUCCACAGUUGGUGUGAUUGUGAAGUCAGAGAAAGGCUUGUUCGAAAUAUUGACAGCCGAUUCACGUUCUGUCACGGUAAAACUGACAGGUAUCGCAUCAAAGUUGAAUUUGACGAGACGUGAGCAAGUCGCUACAGACAGAAACGGUCUGACAAUCAAGGUUGGCGACACAGUGAAGGAGCUUGGAGGCGACAAAAGAAAAGAGGGAGUUGUUUUGCACAUCUACAAGAAUUCUAUUUUUGUUGAAUCUCAUGAGAUUCAAGAAAACCUAGGUAUUUUUGUCACCAAUGCUUUGAAUGUCGGGACAAUCUCCACCAAAAACUCAAUGAUUUCCAAAUCUCUUGGACCUGAUUUGACUAGCAUGAAUCCAAAUGCCAAAUUACAGACCCCAUUGAUUGCUCCAGGUAUUAAAGGAAAGGUUGGUGGCAGAGACAAGCUACUUUACAUGGAUGUUAUCAUCAACAAUGGAAACCAUAAGGGCCUCAUGGGAAAAGUCGUUGAGACUGAUGACAUGGACGCUCGUAUCGAGUUGCACACCAAAGCAAAAAAAGUGAAGGUUAACAAGACAAAAUUAAGCGUAAUUGUUCGUGGGGAAUACAUCCCUUACCUUCGCUUUAUCGGAGCUUCCGACAGUGGUUCGUCAACCUGGGGAGGCAAUGGUGGCAACGGAGCAUCAUCUGCUUGGGGCUCCAAGGGUAAUUCAUCCACCUGGGGCCAAAAGGAUGGAAGCAAUUCAAAUUGGGGUUCCGGUCAGGGAAGUUCUUCAACGUGGGGCAACUCCAACAACCAGCAGGCUUCCGGAUGGAAGAAUAGCUAA